GCAAGCAACGAGAGAAGAACAUACCUUUGCGUCCAUUGUGAGGCAAUUGAGGACUGAGGCCUUCACCAGAGUGUAGACGACAAUCUGAAGGAGGGCCAGGUGAUUGUUUACUUCCUGGCUUCAAGCGUGGGCAGGGUUGUCGAGAAGUAGGCCUGAAAAGGCGAGCUGAUACUACUCAAAGUCGACCCCAAACAAACAACAAAAGCCGCGCCAAGUCUUAGAGACGCACCGGACAACGACCCAGUCAGAAGGCAGGCGAAGACUGGCUGCUCUGAACCACGCGCGGGAAAGAAGAAUAUUAAUGAAGGGACAAGGAAAAGUACAGCUCCAUGGGGCCCGGCAGAGGAAAAGUAAAGAAAUCGCCCUCACGUCCAGAAAGGGCUGGAAAACAAAGGGAUUGCAAGCAAAACCAUCCGACUGCCUGGGGAACGGCAUUGCUCAAAGCGGUUACUUCCCUUUUUGGAAAUCGUCAACAACAACCACGCUAGGCUCGUUCCGGUCGCAGGGCAAGGUAGAUUAUGUCAGCAUUGUUUGCUGUGUUUGCGGGGUACCUGUAAAUGACAUCAUCGCUACACGUCCUCCCUACUGCCCGCAGAUGCGCCCGCCUCCAAUAAAACGCCCAACAACCACACAGAAAAUCAAGCAUAAUUAUUUGGCUCGUCCAUUCAGUACCUGCGAUCGUACAUGUAUCCUGGAUUUAAGUUUUUAUAAGUUUUGUGAGGCGCUGAACCCAAGCAACUCUCCGGGGCUCGGAACGCGCGAGUCGGCACGCGGCCGGAACCCAUUAAACACGAACUCACGUGAUUGUCGCAUCCCGCCUCACUGCCGGCCGUUCGCAAUGGGUACUCUUCGAUUCGAUGCGCUGCGACUUCAAAAGUGCGGAGAUUGGGCUGCAGAUACAACGUUUCGCAACAAAUUCUAGCCGGCGAUCACCAAUUGGUCGGAGUCCUGGGGGAACGGUCGCUGGCCUGUGCCAAAAACCUUGCGGGAAACACUGCCAUCCAAGGUCUGGUUCAGAAACAGGCUCUGAGAGCUAAAAUGCCAUUUUUCCGCAGGGGAUGGCUGGGAAUUAAUUUCCACGUCUUCAUCGCAGCGCUUCUGUGAGGAGGUGACUCCGUCUGCACCCGGACGAUUGCCAGUGUCGCCAGAAAAGCCACAAGAUCCCCAAUGU